UUGGAUUCUCCUCUCUUAAAGAGAAACCUAAAGGUUGAGUAGAGAUUAGGCAAAAUUCUCGAUCCCCAAAUUGAAAAAACGAUAACUUGUUCUUAGGGUUCACUCUCGAUUCUUCUCUUCGAUCAUUGGCGAUUUAAUCGGUGAUCGGUUUUUAUUUUCCAGAGUCAUCUCCGUCUCGUCAUUACCGGCGUCUGAUCGGAUCAUCGUUUUGUUCAGGCGAAAUAUGGUGGUGAUCUCCCUGAAGAUUUUGAAUUCAAGACUUCUCAGAUUGCUUCCGCUUGACUUUAUCGCGAUUUCGAUUACGUGUAGACUUUCUUCUUGGCUCUGUCUUCGAAUCCUGUGAUCACCAUUUUAUCAGGGGUUUUCGAUUUGUGUUUGAUGGUCUUGUGAAUAAUCGUCUUUGUGUAUAUAUAUAAAGACUGGUGAAUCAGGGGUUUUAUCGGUUGGGAGGAGAAUAGAUUUGCUUUUUUUAUUUUGUGUUUGAUCUCUAGAUCUUUGACUUGAGCAAUAUGUAUAUCGAAGAACUGACGGAAAGGGAUGAUAAGAAUGGGGAGGAGAGAUCGGUUGAGGAUAACGUUGCUGAUGGGGAUAAGGCGACAGUGGUGAGGAGAGGAAACGUAAUUGUGUUGACUACAAAGAGGGCACUGGUUGGUGUUGGAGCUCGUGCGUUGUUCUAUCCAACUCUGAUCUACAACGUUGUUAGGAAUAAGCUCGAGACUGAGUUUCGCUGGUGGGAUCGGGUUGCUGAGUUUAUAUUACUGGGAGCCGUUCCAUUCCCAUCUGAUGUUCCACAGCUGAAAGAGCUCGGCGUCUGUGGAGUGAUCACACUGAAUGAGCCAUAUGAAACUUUGGUUCCAUCAUCUCUCUACAAAUCUUACUGCAUUGACCACCUGGUGAUUGCCACGAGAGAUUAUUGUUUUGCUCCUUCCAUGGAAGCAAUAUGCCAAGCUGUAGAAUUCAUCCAUAGAAAUGUUUCACUGGGAAAGACGACUUAUGUUCACUGCAAGGCGGGUCGGGGGCGCAGCACAACUGUUGUCAUAUGCUACUUGGUUCAACACAAACAUAUGACACCUGAAGCAGCAUAUGCCUAUGUGAGGUCGAUCAGGCCCAGGGUUCUUUUAGCAGCCACCCAAUGGAAGGCUGUUCUUGAGUACUACCAUGUCAAGGUGCUGAAUACUCAGAGUUGCCUAACUGGUGAAACUUCAGCAUUGAUCCCGAGAAAUGUGAAGCAGGUUUGUGCUGGGAAUGUGGUGGUGUUUGAUGAUGGGUCGAUGGUGGUAGUGACCCACUCGGAUAUAGAGGGCUAUGAUGACGACUCACAGAGGCCGGUGAAUGUUGCUGGGAAUGAGUUAUGGGCAGCAGCUGCAGAUCUUAGCAUGGUGUACCGGGUGAAAGUGGUGGGGCAGGCUGCGUUGGCAAGGAUCUCGUGUCUAUGGCUGGGCUUGCGUGAGGACCACAAGCUAUCUGGGAAAAAUCUUUCCAUGGGAGGAAUAAGCGUCGACAUUUCCGUCUACUGAUGAUGAUGAUGCAGGUGAGUCUGCUGGCGAGGGAGUGAAUAUGCCUUUUUCACUGAUUCUCUCCAGUAAAAAAAGAAGUCUAUAAAUAAAAAAAAGGGUCAAAUUAGGUAUAGAAGUAAGCAAGGGUUUGUAAAUUUGGGGGAAAAAAUACUUGGUUUUGUCGUCUGGGUAUUGUAAUUAAAUACUACCUCGUCCCUCAUUUGCCUUUGAUGAGGAAAAACGUGAAUUAGUAGUUUCCUUCUCAAGUAUCCUAAAUUUUUUUU